CGACACCGAGCAGACCACCGUUUUCCUCUGAAUUAUCCACGUUGUACAUCGAACACUACACAUCGCAACUAGUCUCGUCCAGAGCUCGAUUCGACAGGAUGAUUUCGUUGAAUUUUAUGACUGGGGAGGACCCUCUGUCCCUCGACCGGAUCAGAGCUGUAUUGACUCGGUUGGAGGAUACCAUCAUCUUUGGCCUCAUCGAGCGAGCUCAGUUUGCGCACAACCCCAAGAUUUAUCAGAGAGGAGCUUUGAAGGAGCUGCAGACAUUGGGUUUUGAAGGAAGUUGGCUAGAAUGGUUCUUGAAGGAGACAGAGACUUUCCAUGCCAAAGCGCGGAGAUACACCAGCCCAGACGAAUAUCCAUUCACCAAAGACCUGCCAGAACCAGUUCUCCCACCCCUGUCCUUCCCAUCUAUCCUCUACCCAAACAACAUCAACGCAAACGCCUCGAUCCUCUCCUUCUACACCCGCGCCAUCGUCCCCCGCAUCACCCGCCGCGCAACCCUCGCACUCGCGGCCCAAAAGCGGGCACUGGGCAUCCUCGGCGACGAUGAAUUCGAGGACGACGGUAAUUACGGAAGCGCUGCUACCAUCGACGUCGAAGUCCUCCAAUCAAUAAGCAAACGAGUGCAUUAUGGCAAAUUCGUUUCCGAAUCCAAGUUCAUGAGCGACCCCGCCGCUUUCAUCCCACACAUCCAGAACCCAAACCGCGCAGCCCUCGAAGCGCUAAUCACCAAACCCGAAGUAGAACGCAAACUCCUCUUGCGGUUGCAGAAGAAGGCUGCGACCUAUGCCCAGGACUUCGGGCCUGAUGGGGAGGCUAUGGUGAGCCAGGGCGGGAAUGCGUUGAGCUCCAACGCUGCGGUUGCGACCAAGGUGAACGGAGCUGGGAAGAUUGACGUAGACGGAGUGGUAGAUUUGUACGAGAGCUACAUCAUCCCAUUGACGAAGGAGGUGGAGGUUGACUAUCUACUUCGACGUCUAGAUGGACUUUCGCAAGAGGAUAUCGACAAGUUGAUAGAGAAGUCGAAGGAGAAGAAGGGUAAUUGAUAUGGAGACAAGUAUAGUAGCUUUGUGACGGACUUUGGGGCAACUUGGACCCACUGGCAUGCAUGACUGCGAUUGACUGUUCGUUAUGUACACUAACACAUUGUCGCUCUUGUCGACUUGGGACGAGAGGGACCUAACUUAUUUGAAUCUUAGAGAA